UGGUGCUUGCGCUUCGGGUUUUUGAUGUGAGGCAAUCUGCAUAAAGCGGGUGCAUCACCCUCUGAUGCGUGAUCCGGGUUGAUGUGCUUGCAUCGUGUUUAUUUAAAUUGGUGGGCUAUUUUUAAAUUAAAAAAAAAAGAAUCGGGUCAAUUUAAUGAAAGAAAAUAGUUGCGAUUUUGUAGGUUUAGCUAUCACAAUUUCUCUUCUUCAGUUUUCUGGCUGCUGCGAGUGUGACUUCUUCUCUUCUUCUCUAAUCUCCAUUGUUGUUGUGACUUCUCUUCUUUAAGGUAACUUUUCUUCUUUCUUCUUCCUUCUUCUCCUUCUCGUUUCAUUGUUUCUUUUUUUUUUUAAACAAAAAAGCUUGUGCUCUUCUUUCUUAUUCUUUACCGCCGCUCUAUUUUAAUUCUUACUGCAGCUCUGUUUUUUCGCUGUUUUACUUUUAGUUUUCUGUUGCUCUGUUUUUAUUUUUAUGGCAGCUCUGUUUUCCCUCUUUUUUUCUCUUUCUUUUUCUUCUGUUUUUUUUUUUCCUGUUCACUUAUAAUUUACUGUUUUGGAUGCUCCAUUAGGUCUUUUUUCUUUUAAAUUGCACUUCACAUCAAUGAUGCGGUCGCUUCACUUUUUUCGCAUCACGCAUCCCUGAACACUGCCCUUAACAACACUAUACAGGCAUCCCUGAACACUGCCCUUAACAACACUAUACACUGAGAACACGCUAUUACUAUUACUAGCAUAAAAAAAUAUUCUAAAGAUUUUUGUAAUCUUGAAGUUUAUUCUCUUAAAGAAGCUUGUAGGGUUAAAGGUUGCGCCUACGAAUUCUUUGACUCUCUUAAAGAAGCUUGUAGGUUUAAGGUUGUGCAGCAAAUUCUUAUUCUCUAAAAGUUUGAGAACAAAAGAGAACAUGAAAAAAGGCUUCUUCAAGGUUUUCAAUCCUGAAACCAGUGCAAAACGGCUAGUAUGUAUACUUCCUUCUUCAUGGUAUUUGAUUCUAUGGACUCUUUUUCCUUGAAUCUUUUUUCUUUUGGAUAUGCGGGCAAUGGAUAUGGAAAGGGGAAAACCUUGGUGACAUUUAGAUCUGCAAAAAUGUAGACACAAUUAACUUAAUACCUCAUGGUGUUCUAAAUUUUUCUUGAGUGUACUUUCCCUCUGAUAGACACAGAAUUAAUCAUUCGAUCUAUGAUUCUUGCUCACGCUUUUCUUGAAACUUUAUCAAGUAAUACUUUUUGAAGAUGUGGGUCGUGAAUAAGAGGAGAGAGAUUCCUUUGUGUGAUGCAAGUACAUUUUAUACUAGUAUUUAUAUAUGUUAAAUCUCCUGAUUUUGUACCAGUAUUUUGUAGAAUUCAGUCAGUAGAUGUCAUAAAUUAAAACUGGUUAGUGACCAGGCUUGAACCCCAGUAGGUUAGUUUAUCUAAAGCUUUAGUUUUGUUAUGUACCCAAAAAGAAAAAUACAAAUGACUGCAUAAUGAGUAUUGAAGGAAGUAACUUUGCAGUAAACUAUUAGGAUGCUUCAGAUUUUGUUUUGUAGUUUCUGAAAUAGUUACAUUCUUGAAUCCUAACUUCAAAAGUCUCAAAGUUUGAGUUUAAUUGAAAUAUUUUUCCGUCAAAUGCUGGCUGAUUGUAGGAUAUGUUCAAUCUGAUUUAAAGAAAUUGAUGUUGUUCUACAUUUUUUAAUUCCAAUGAGAAUGUUGCGUUGGAUGUGUGGACUUACUAGGGGAGAUAGGGUUAGGAAUGAGGUUAUUCGGGAGAGGUAGGAGUGGCUUAGGUGGAGGACAAGAUGCGAGAAGUGAGGUUGAGAUGGGUUGGGCAUGUGAUGAGGAGAGGCACUAAAGCUCCAGUUCGUAGGUGUGAAAGGUUGGCUUUGGAUGGUUUCAGAUUGGGUAGAGGUAGGCCGGAGUAAUACUGAGGGAGGUGAUUAGACGGGACAUGGAGCAGUUACAGCUUACCGAGGACAUGACCUUAGAUAGGAAGGUAUGGAGGACACGAAUUAGGGUAGAGGACUAAUGCAUGUGGGUGAGUCGUAGCUAGUAGUUAGGAGUGCUUUGGUGUAGCCGGACUAGUAAUCUUAGGUCUUUGUACAUAAGAUGGAGCUUCUAGUUAGGAGGGUUUGUGUGAGGUGUGUGUGUUAUGAACCAAUUGUCCCACAUUGGAAAAAUAGAGAAAUGCUAAGGGGUUUAUAGGCCAAAUGGGUUCUCCCACCUAUCAGGCUAGUCUUUUGGGUUGGGCUCUCCCAUUUGGUUUAUAACAUUGGAGCUUUCAUUGAGAAUCUCACGCGUUGGGCCGUGACUCGGAGUGGUGGCCUGCUGUAACACCCCAAAAUUGGGUCCCGCAGGCAUAACUCAUAAGCAACUGAACAAAAAGUAUAAAUCUAUACAAAUCUGCGGAAAAUAACUCUUUUCUAAAUAUGAUAGAUACAAAACUAAAUUUACAAGAUUACAACUCUGCUUUUACAACCAAAACUGAAAAAGAAUACAUCAACUUCUACUGACUGUCUAUGAAGCCUCUACUAGUACUGACUGUAGGUAGCCGGGUCAUGACUCUUGACUAACCCAACUCAAUACGACUGAAUAAAGAAAAUACAACACUUCUCGAACUGUAUAACUAACUCAAGCCUUUGAAUCAAAAGGACUCAUCACUUGCUGACUGGAUGAUGUGAACUGACUGGAUCUGAAGAUGUACACUAUACCUUGUACCUACAUUCCGAGAAAAUGUAGCUCACAUACGAAUAUGUGGGUCAGUACCAUGGAAACGUACCGAGUACGUGGGGGUGCAUGAAAUAAACAUAUUUAUAUGCAUAUAUAUAUAUAUAUAUAUAUUUGACGAUCAUGUCAUAAGUUUUCUUUCCAAAUCAUGCAGGACAUUUGUAAAUGGCUCAUAAAGCUUGAAAGAAAUCUAAAAUCUGAAAUCAUACACAAUGAAUGGUAAAACAUGCCAAUCUGGAUAUCAUGAGCCAUUACACUUAAACCAAAUAUCAAGAUUCUUUUCUUAUUCUCUCAUCAAGCAAUCUUAGUGAAAUCUGGAAUAUUGAAUACAUCAUAAAUCUGCAUUUCAAAUCUCUUUUAAAUCAGUAAAAUCAAUCUAAGAAUGAGGGACGACCCUUUGGGAGGUUCUUCUAACCGACAUGUACACCAUGUGAGCACCCAUGAUGUCCCACGACUUGCCCCCGUAAGAUUAGGGCUGUCCUACCCUUGCCAUCGGUGAAGAACAAUCUUAUCUCAGUGAUCACUAUCUCAAUUUUCCACAUAUAGUGGAAGUCAAUGUCUCAACCUACGGUGGCACGUAGUUCUGGGGUAUGAAACCGUAAUAACAUACCCAACUCGGUGCUAAAUACUACUCCCAAUACUAUGCUUAAAAAUCUCAAGAAAAAUCCACUUUAAGGGUUAUCUCAUAUUUCUUAAGUUAAAUAAAUGAUAAAAUCCGUAACUCGUUUCAUAAAGUGGAUUUUAACUCUGUUGUGACCAAAAAGUCAAAUCUUUCUAUACUUCAUCAAAAAUAGUCUAAACAUGGGUGCAUGUAGCACAUAAAUUCUCAAAACAACAAUCUCAAUGUGGUUUAAUGACCCUUAUAGCGAUACUUAAUCAAAACAUUUCAACAUUUAUGUUUUAUAUCACAAGCAUGCAUAAUUUAUACGAAAAUCUGAAAAAUUUCAGCCUUUAAUCAUAACAAUAAUCUCAAACUCAUGGAGUUUAUUUUCUAAACAUUCAAAAUAAUCAUAGUAUCUUGAACAACAACAUAGGAUAAGAUUUAUCACUUCAAAUUCAUGAUAAAACAUGUAAAAAUCAUGUAUCUUUGUAAAAUAAUGCAAACUGUGGGCACAAGAACGAAAGGGUGUUCUUGUCAUAACCCCACAUACCUUUAUGGUAACGGAUUCGUUGAAAGAUUGGACCUUCAAGCUUGAUUGAAAGAAUCCUUGUAGAGAACUUUGAAUUCGGAGCUUAACUUCUUGAUUCUUGAGAGGUAAACUUAGAUUUUGUUCUUGGGAAGAGAGAAAGGGUUUUGGAUCGUAACUUGACUAAUUUAGGGCUUAGGGAUUGUAAUUAUGUGUUUUAAAACCCCUUAUCAACGAUUUGGAGUGAUUAGGGAUGGUUUAGGGGUGUGAAAUGACUUCAACACCCUUGAUAUAAGUCAAAACGGAGUGUUUUUGGCACUUGAAACUGACUUAGGCGGCGCCCAAGUAAUCGCACAAGCCAGGUUGGGCGGCGCCUAACCAAUCACCUAAGUUUGGUUGGACGGCGCCUAACCAAUCGUAUACCCUUACUGUCUCUCACGAAAAUGGGCAUAACUUUUCGCUCGGGUAUUGGAUUAAGGCGAAAUUGGUAUCGUUGGAAGGCUAAUUCGAUUCUCUAAAAUUUGGUGGGUCUAAAUAUGACAAAAUACCACAUAACAUCAAGUUACGCUCAUUUAAAGAUGACCCUUGCAAAAUAAAAUACUAAAACUUGAUGGAUUCAAAAGCUCUUAGCUUGCAUUACCUUAAGUGACUCCUAUGAACGCGUUAAACACAUCAUAAGCACUUUGUUUACUGCCUUUUUGGUACUGAGCUGAGGGUCUAUCGGAAACAACCUCUCUACUUCUUCGGAGGUAGUGGUAUGAAUUGAGUACAUUCUACCCUCCCCGGACCCUACUAGGUGGGAAAACACUGGGUUUGUUAUUGUUGUUGUUGUAGCUUCUUUUUCUUUUUCACAGAAAAUCCUCACAAGUUUUACCAAUUCCAAGAAUGGAAAGUUGCCUAGGAAAGUUUUCCUUAGGGAUCGGUUUGACAAUAUGUGGCCUAUGGGAGUGACUAAAACAGGACGAGAUUUUUAUUUUGAAUAUAAAUGGGAGAAAUUCAUUGAAGACAACAGUUUAGAGUUGGGAGAUUUUCUGGUAUUUGAUUUUGAUGGAAACAGAACAUUCUACACAAAAUUACUUGGAAAAAAUGGAUGUGAAAAGAAAGAAGCUGGAGGUUUAAAAUUGACCGUGGAGGAGGAGGAAGAAAUAAAUGAACAUCAUAAUAGUGUAGAGCCAAAAGGGAAGAAUUUGGCUAGUGAUAACAGCAGUAGUUCUUCUGAUGAUGAUGAUAGUGUUGAGGAUUACGUGGUAGAUGAAAAAGAAAAAGAGGAUGAGGAAUAUGAAGAAGAGGAGGAAGAGGAAGAGAAAGAGGAAGAAGAGACGGAAGAGGCGGCACGUUCAAAACGCAAACGCAUGGUGGAGGAAGAACAUGACGAUGAUGAAGAGGAAGAAACAGAGGCGGAAAAUGAAGAAGAGAAUCAAAGGGUUGACACAUUUGAGAAAAAGGUAUCACGUUCAAAAGCUGGAUGCAAAAGAGUCGCUACUCGCAAGGUGAGGGAUCUCCAUGACCAUUUUGAUGAUGAUAUAUUCAAAAGUGGAUGGGCGGCUCAACCAAAAAAUCCUUACUUUGUAGCUAAAAUACGAUCCAGUUUGUACGUUCCGGUUGAUUUGGUGAGAGACUGCAAACUUGAACUCCCUUCAAGUAUGAUCAUUCGCGACUCUGCUGGCAGAGAAUUUGAGACAGAAUGCAAGACUGAUAAGCAGGGUAAAACAUGGCUAAGAGGUGGAUGGGACAGAUUAUGUAAGUGGAAUCUUGUGGAGGAAAACGACAAGUGCAUUUGGGAAUUUGUGAGAGGAAAACACAACAAAGUCCUUUACAUACAAGUUCAAGUUCUCCGUGAAGGAUCAAGUUGUCAUCCCGAUAAGAAAAACAAGAAAUAGUCUGCUGCUAUUAAACAUGGCAUUUUAAUUAAAUGUCCUCAAGUGUUGUUAUUACAUUAUAUAUUUCUGUUGGAUUGCAAGUCAACUUAAGACAUUUAUCAUGUGCUCUUGGUAUUAAAGGGAACUGGGUGAUGGAGAAGAUAAUAUUUUUUUUGAUCC